UGUUCACUUCUGUCAUCAGUUUCCCAGCCAUCGUACUCCGUCAGCCUCCUGGCUCGCUGAGCUGUCAAACGUUUUGGUAAAAAGUUGACAGGUACGGUAUUUCAGCAAAGUGAUUCCCUGCCACUGUAUCAAUGAUGGGGAGAGCCUGGCUUAUCUCAGCCUUUCCACUCUGGAUGAAUUUGGGCAGUGCUGCCGCCCUCGUGGAACCUGAAAUCUGUUACGUCCUGGAUGGCAUCCUGUUUCUGUACGGCAUCAUCCUCACGGCCCUCUACUGCAGACUCAGGAUGAAUGCAAUGAAGCAGCAGCCAACGGCACCGAAACAAGAGAGCGUCUACAUGGGAUUAGACCACCGUGCCCAGCAGGACACCUAUGAGGAAAUUGGUAAAAAGAAAGGACUGCAUUAGUGGAGAAGGAACAUGGAUGAAAGGUGGUAAUUUUGGAUGUCUUUACGUCAUUAUUUACAACUUUUUUUGUUGUUGCUUUUUUCUUCUUCUAUUUGCCAUGUUUUAUGCUGUGAAGACUACAUUUUGUAAACCAAUUUGUAUUUUUUUUACCCUUGUAAGCGAUAGAGCCAAAAUGCUCAUAUUUGUUCAAAUAUAUCAUGACACAAGUGUGAAAAAGAGAAGUUGAGCAGAGUGGAAGUUUCAAUGUUGUUUCCUUAGAGUAUGAUAAACUGAUCUGCUUCCUUCUGCUUAUUUUUGAAAUUAUUCUAACAUACAUAUAAAACAAUGAGGUAGCUGUCUGUGGUGUGUCAUCUCUUCACACAAUUAGGUGCUUCCACUUAUGAGGUUGACUUUUAGGUCCUGGUACCAUGGCAACUAGCCCUAGCCUCCGACCAGCCUCUGUCCGACUCAUUUCCUGUACAGAGCCACACAAUUUUUUUUGUCUCUGUGUGUGUAGGCAAUGUGUAUUCUUUGUGUGUAUGUGUGGUAAUUUGUUCCUGUGUGUUCUUGGUGUGUCAGUCCCUCGUAAAUUGGUUUGUGUGACUGCAUAUGUGAGGGUGAUAUUUUUUGUAAAAAAAAAUUAAGGGAUGAUUAUAUAGAUGACAGUAGCACCUGUAAGUGAAGAGUGGUAGUGUGAGAGAGAGAGUGGUAAAUCCUACUAUGUCCAAUACUUGCCAUUUGGUGAGCGGUAGCCUACAAUUCUUCCUUAGUCGAGAAGUUGGGCUCUCACGCAUAGACACAUUAAGUACAAUAUAAUAACAUAAUACAAAAUGCGUACAGAAGUCCAGACCUAACUUAACAAAAAAUAUGAACGUAGCAUUGUGUGUCAAUGUAGCGCUGAGUUUUUAAAUGUUGUAGGCUAUAGCUACUCUGUAGCUACUCUGAUUGGUCUCAUCCACCUCUAACUAAAUGUGCCUGGGGCUGUUGUAACUGUUUCAUAAAAAAAAAAGCUUUUUAUCACGGCAUAAAGUGAUCCAGUGUUGUUCAAAACAAAGUUGGCAUGUCUCUAUGGCUAUUUCAAGUAUCCUCAAAUCAAUUAAAACUUUCUGAAACUA